CUCUCUCUCUCUCUCUAUUCCGAGGACACCAGCGUGGUGUUCCGGCGAUUGCUUGUGGUUUUCCGGCCGGGAAAUAGCGUUCUUGAUGCUGCUUCUGUGGGAACUGGAAGAGAUAUUCCAGCUGCCGAGGAAGAAAGUUCGCAAACUCCCCCUGUUAAUCGCCGGCUUAUCAUUUCUCGUUCAAGAAAGCGGUUUUCCAGCUAUUAAAGCAGUUUUCGCUGCAAGAGAAGGUGACAAAUCUUUGAAGAUCCGCUCUUGACAGGUUUCUUGGCCUCCCCGGAGGCGGUCUGAAUAGUUUUGGGGAAAGAGAGGUGGUUUCUUGCCGUAGAUGUUGGUUUCUGCGCCGGGAGAACACGGGGGCUGGUGACAGGGACUUGUCUAAGUUGGUUUGAAGAUCUUGAAGGUGGUUUCUUGCAGCCAGAAGUGGGUUUGGGGCCUGGAGAACGGAAAGGGUUGGGGGAUUUCGGGAUCUUGAAGGUGGUUUUCCUGUGUAUCGGGGAGGAUGGGGAGAACGGGAAAGAAGGAUUCGGCGAAAGGGCUGGGGAACAUGGCAGCUUCGGGGUCGAUCCCGUGCACUCCCGUGGAGAAGAUGAGGACCGCCGAUAGACCCAGCUAUGCCACUCCUUCGAACUACGCCACGCCCAACUCGCGGUCUACCGACUCCCCUUACUUGAGAGCGAAGCACGCCCAGAUGCUUGACAAAGAUCUGCAAAAGGCAGUGCCAUUGUUCUGGGCUGCCAUAAACAGUGGUGACCGAGUCGACAGUGCAUUGAAAGACAUGGCUCAGGCGAUGAAACAGAUAAACCGAGCUGAGGAGGCCAUAGAGGCAAUCAAAUCUUUUCGCCACCUAUGCUCUCCUAAAACACAAGAGUCUAUUGAUAAUGUUCUUCUUGAGCUGUACAAGAAAUGUGGAAGAAUAGAUGAUCAAAUUGAGCUGCUAAACUUCAAGCUGAAGAUGAUUGAUGAGGGGCUAGCUUUUGGUGGGAGGAGAACGAAGUUAACAAGAUCUAAAGGGAAAAAGUUCCAUGUUUCUCUUGAUCAUGAGAAGUCCAGACUACUGGGAAACCUUGCUUGGGCUUACAUGCAAUCCGAGAAUUACGAAACAGCAGAAACACUUUACUGGAAAGCACUGGCGAUCGAACAAGAUUACAACAAACAGUGUAAUUUAGCUAUCUGCUUGAUGAAGACAAGAAGGCUCGAGGAAGCCAGGUCCAUCCUCCAAGUUGUGAAAAGGGCAUCAAGUAAUAUCUGUGAUCAGUUCUUUAUUAAAUCCUUUAAACAGGCUUCUCAAAUGCUGAAGGAAAUUGAGCCUCAAGAGAGUCUUAAUAAGAAGGCAUAUGAACUGCAACAGAGUACAGCUUUUACAAGUGGAGAUAACAAACUGUCACAAAAUUCACACAUAGCGGAUGCUACUUAUUCUCACAUUAAAAGGGAAGAGAGAAUCAUCGGUGCAGAUCAUGCUUUGGAGAAGGCUGCAACUACAAAUGAUUGUCAAGUACUCAACUCAAAUACCAUCCAUGACAACUCAGUUCUAAAUGAACUGAACGGCAAAAAUUCCAGCAGCUCUGGGUUUUUGAUAAAUAAGAAUACAAGUCAAAGAUCCAUGGGUUUAUGUGAAGGCAGUCAGAAAUUCAUUGAUUGUGGCAAAGAAGAAUAUGAGAUGUGGAGCAUGAGAUGUCAUGAGUACCUGGAUUCUGAUUACAAUUCAAUACUAUUGAGUGGGAACACAGGGCAAGCACCAGAUUCCUCAAUUGUGACUAGCGACAGAACACCAAAACCAGAUCAUGUGGCCACGAAUCAUAGAUUUGAAGAUUGUAUCCUGAAACCCAGAAGCCUGAAUGACAUAUGGGCAACCGAAUCAGUAAAAACACCAAAAGAGAAAAGUAAUGGGAACCUAUCUUCUAAUAUUGAUGUAAACUGGAAUCAAGGAUCCGAUGCUCUCACAAAUAAUGGGAGGCAAAUUGACAACUUAGUUGAUAAGACUUGUACAGGAAGCUCAAAUAACUAUCCAUGUCAGAUUUCUGGGAGUAAUCUGGCUUCUAGUGCAGUGGAUGCAAAGACGGACAAAUUCACUUCAUUCUUGGCUGGUGUAAGAGGAACAUGGGCUGACUUGAUAGAGGAACAACAAGCAACUCAGGACUUCAGGGUAGAUGUAACAGCUACUGACACAACUGUAGUUGCAUCUGAAAAUUAUCCCAGGACUCAGUUGGUCAAGAAGAGUGAAAGAAAAUCCUGGGAGGAAAUGGUGGACACAACUGUAGUUGCAUCUGAAAAUUAUCCCAGGACUCAGUUGGUCAAGAAGAGUGAAAGAAAAUCCUGGGAGGAAAUGGUAGAGGUAGAACAGUUUGCAACUCAAAACUCAAGCAUAGAUAUAGUAGCUAAUGACAAAAUUUUGGUUUUUUCUGAAAAUUAUCUCCAGACUCAAUUGAUCAAAAAGAGUGAAAGGAGAACCUGGGCUGACAUAGUAGAGGAAGAAGAAUUAUCAGAAAAUGCGAUCCACAGCAGUUGCAAAGCCAUUAUUUGCACUACUGAAAGUGGCAGAGAGUCAUCUGAAAAAUAUUUAAGGACACCUUUUCCAUUUCACAGCGGAAGGAGCACUUCCACCAGUGUGCUACGGGAAGAUGGACCCUUGCUUGAUGAAAAUCCAAGGAACAAUUCAGCAGCGGAUCCCAGUAGAAAACAAAAGGACCUCAGAUCUCCCACUUGCUCAAAGUCAAUCAAUGAUGCAGUUUUUCAAGAUGAGAACACGGAUUUGAACAUCGUCACAUGUGUUCCGAGACAGGGGCAUCAUAUAUCGCAGAACUGCAAGGAGAUGUGUCGAAAGCUUAGCAUGGUCGAUCUCAGGUCUGAAAAUUCUCGCAGAACAGCAAAAGGAAACUCAUCAGUUCGGCGCACUCUCUCAUUCGAUGCAGAACCAACCUCUGAUCCUUCAGAAGACUGCGUGGAGCAAUUCGUUGAGAUCGUUAGACUUUGGGAUUCCGGAUGUAUGACAGCAAAACGAGGCUUGCUCUAACAGUAGAAUGUGUCCUAAGCAACCGAAGCAGCCAAAUAUGAUUCGAGUUUUCCAGGAAAUCACAGAUGAUGAAAGUGGAAGGGAGUGAAUGGAUUACAGGAUUUCAUAUUUAUCGACAUUUUUAAUUUUUCCUUCUUUCAACUGGAAUUAGAAGAUAGUUACAAGAACAAUCUGUUAUUGAAAUCAUUAGAAAUAUGUUGUGACUUUACAUCUUCGUUUGCUACUCUUUCACGGAGAAUACAGAACUAAAACUGUAUGCUAGUGAUUAGCGGCUUGCAGCAGUUAACAAUUUUAAGAAUGUCUGCAACAUUCAUGGCUUGAAGAUUUUACCUUCGUCUUAUACAGUUGCCUGUCGA